CUGGCGCCAGUCUGUCCUUUCCCGCUCGCGUCUUCUUCUUCGUCCUCAGCUCCGCAGACAUGAACUGCCUCAAUGUGCCCGAAAUCAUGCCCAUCUCCCCUAGCAAGAUACGUGGUCAGAUCCAGGUGAUAUUUGGACCUAUGUUCUCAGGGAAGAGCACGGAGCUGAUGCGUCGGGUGCGGCGGUUUCAGAUCGCGCAGUACAAGUGCAUGGUGAUCAAAUACGCCAAGGACACGCGCUACAGCAAGGAGCAGCUGGCCACGCACGACCGACACACCAUGUUGGCGGUUUCGGCGUGUAACCUGGCUGACGUGUUGACGGAGGCGCUCAACAACUCGGUGAUCGGGAUCGAUGAGGGUCAGUUUUUCCCGGAUGUCGUCGAGUUCUGUGAAGACAUGGCCAACAAGGGGAAGACCGUAAUAGUAGCUGCGCUGGAUGGUACAUUCCAGAGGAAGGCUUUUGGUGACAUCCUCAACUUGGUGCCCUUAGCGGAGAGUGUGGUGAAGCUGAACGCCGUGUGCAUGCAGUGCUACCGGGAGGCAUCGUACACCAAACGGCUGGGGGCCGAGAAAGAGGUGGAGGUCAUCGGUGGAGCUGACAAAUACCACUCGGUGUGCCGGCCGUGCUACUUCAGGAACCAGCAGCCGGAGGGGAAGGAGAAUCAGCUCCUCGCCCUGAAGGACAAAGCAUCGGGAUUAAUCAGCAGCAAAGUCCUGACGCCCCGUAAACCCCUGUCACAGCUACAGUGCUCCUAACCGUAAGCUCUACAUGCAGCACAGUGGAGGACCGGACAGAAGGUGGCGCCACAGGAUUAGGCCGAAGACAUCGGCUUGCUCACAGUUGCUGGGAUGGGGUGCAAAUGUGUGUGUAUAUAUAGAUUUUUUUUUUUUUAGUCUUGAACAUGAUUUUAUUGGCUUUGUCUGUGGGCGGGAGGUGCCGGCCUACUGUCUAGAACACGGGGGGGACUGUUUCUGCAGUUGAGGUGCUUUCUGGUUAUACAGGAUCGCUGCUCUGAGGUUGGUAGUACUGCGCUACUACUGUGAUGGACACGCCUUACAUAGUGCUUUACCACUUAAAGGGCCACACCCUCAUGGUGUAGACUCGCACCCAUCAUGUAACCUCCAGUAUUACGGUGAAGUAAGCAAUAGACUGCUUAUUGGUUUGUAACGCAGAAGUCUAAUGCAAGGGAGAAAAUGCCUUCCAGGUCCCGGUGCAGUGAUGAUGCUGAACCGGGUCUGGCCAUGCCGACGGUUAACUAGCCCAUCUCGCCUGUCACUGUUCCCCUCUCGACCGAGCAUGCAUGUGUGCUGAGAGAGGGGGAGUAAGGCACUGCCAGACACUUCUCCCCUGAGAACAAAGGGAUCAGACAUGUUGAAAUCCAGCUGCCCGAUGCUUCUAUCCCUGGACAUCUACUAUUGGGGGUGACGGGACGUCCCCAUACACAUGAAAUAGCCAGCUUCACUGCCUGCUUCAAGGAAGCGCGUUACAUGGGUGGGGCAUAUGGGAUUUUCUAUAUGGACUCUGGGUCACAGUCCUGUCUGAUCUGCGGACUGCAGCACGUCCUACUGUGGCACU